UCGCCGAGACAGUGCGGAUAGAGUGGAGGAUCGUGUAAAAGUGGAGGUACCCCAUUACUGAGACGCAGGAGCAGAUGUGACACCCGUCGCCUUGUUUAUCACAACAACCCGUCCGGAAAACUAAAUGCUUAAGUCUUAAGACGAGGUACUUCUUUGAAGGACCACCCUGCCAGCCAGAGGAGCAGUCGGCUCCACCAUGACCGCGCCGGAGCGGGACGCUGGCCCACCCAGGCCCCACCGCCUGCUGCUGCCCUCGCCGCCACUCCUGCUGCUGUUGCUCUUCCUCUCCUCCCCCUUGGUGCGCUCCCAGAAGCCCCUGCUCUCCUCACCUCCCUCGCUCACGCCAGCCACUCAGCCCCCCGAGGAGUGUGCCAGGCAAGAACAUCCCGUCGUUCCCUUCCAAGUGCUCAGCCCCUGGCUCUCCAUCUUUUCCCAUCCCACUGUGAGGGACUUCUCCCAGCUGGCCCUGGACCUCACCAGGAACCAGCUGAUCGUGGGAGCCAGGAAUUAUCUCUUCAGAUUAACGCUAAGCAACAUUUCUCUGAUCCAGGCAACAGAAUGGGGCCCAGACGAAGACACCAGGAGGUCCUGUCAGAGUAAAGGAAAGACGGAGGUGGAGUGCCAGAACUACAUCCGGGUGCUACUCAUCAACGGGAAGCGGGUGUUCACCUGUGGUACCAACGCCUUCCUGCCCGUCUGCACCACGCGACAGGUGGGUAACCUGAGCCGCGUGCUGGAUCGGGUCAACGGCGUUGCACGCUGCCCCUACGACCCGCGCCAUAAUUCCACAGCCGUGGUGACGGAGAAGGGCGAGCUGUAUGCGGCCACCGUCAUCGACUUCUCGGGCCGGGACCCCGUCAUCUACCGCAGCCUGGGCAGCAUGCCGCCCCUGCGCACGGCGCAGUACAACUCCAAGUGGCUUAACGAGCCACACUUCAUCUCGGCCUACGAUGUGGGCCUCUUCACCUACUUCUUCCUGCGGGAGAACGCCGUGGAGCACGAUUGCGGCAAGACGGUGUACUCACGAGUGGCGCGCGUGUGCAAGAACGACAUCGGCGGCCGCUUCCUGCUGGAGGACACCUGGACCACCUUCAUGAAGGCUCGCCUCAACUGCUCCCGCUCCGGAGAGAUUCCCUUCUACUAUCACGAGCUGCAGAGCACCUUCUACCUACCCGAGCAGGACCUCAUCUUCGGCAUCUUCACCACAAAUGUGAACAGCAUCGCGGCCUCGGCCGUCUGUGCCUUCAACCUGAGUGCCAUCACACAAGCCUUCAACGGGCCGUUCCGCACCCAGGAGAACCCACGCUCCACCUGGCAGGCCACGCCCAACCCCAUCCCUAAUUUCCAGUGUGGCACCAUCAAUGACAGCGGCCCCAAUGAGAACCUGACUGAGCGCAGCCUGCAGGACGCGCAGCGCCUCUUCCUCAUGAACGACGUGGUGCAGCCUGUCUCCGUGGACCCGUUGGUGGUCCAGGACAGCAUGCGCUUCUCCAAGCUGGUGGUGGACAUCGUGCAGGGCCGAGACACCCUCUACCAUGUCAUGUACAUCGGCACAGAGUAUGGCACCAUCCUGAAGGCCCUCUCCACAGCCAAUCACAGCCUGCAUGGCUGCUACCUGGAGGAGAUGCAGCUCCUGCCUGCCGACACGCGGGAGCCCAUCCUGAGCCUGCAGAUCUUGCACAGCGACAGGUCAUUGUUUGUAGGCCUGAACAACAGAGUGCUAAAAAUCCCUCUGGAGAGGUGCUCCACCUACAGGACAGAGCGGCUGUGCCUGGAAGCGCGGGACCCUUACUGUGGCUGGGACCGGAAGCAGCGGCGCUGUACCACCAUUGAGGACAGCUCCAACAUGAGCCAGUGGAGCCAGAACAUCACAGAAUGUCCAGUGAGAAACUUAACUGUCAAUGGUGGCUUUGGGCCCUGGGCUCCAUGGCAACCCUGCAGCCAUGACGACGGGGACAGCAGCAGCUCCUGCCUGUGCCGCCUGCGGCCGUGCGACAGCCCCACCCCCCGCUGCGGGGGUCGCAACUGCGAGGGCCCCACCAUGGAGGUGUCCAACUGCUCCAGGAACGGGGGCUGGACCCCCUGGUCGUCCUGGGGCCACUGCAGCACCAGCUGUGGAAUUGGGUUCGAAGUGCGACAGCGAUCCUGCAACAAUCCCUCACCCAGACAUGGGGGUAGGGUCUGCGUGGGACAGAGCCGAGAGGAGAGACUGUGCAACGAGAAGGUCUCCUGCCCGCUACCCGUCCUCUGGUCCAGCUGGGGCUCCUGGACUAAGUGCAGCACUGAGUGUGGAGGCGGCGUCCAUUCCCGCGUCAGGAACUGCGAGAACGGAAAUGGCUGCCCGGGAUGUGCGCUGGAGUACAAGAUCUGCAACCUUGAAGCGUGCCCAGAGGUGCGUCGCAACACGCCCUGGACACCCUGGAUGCCCGUCAACGUGACACAGGGUGGCGCCCGGCAGGAGCAGAGGCUCCGCUACAGCUGCCGUGCGCAGCUGGCCGACCCCCACGAGCUGCAGCUGGGCAGACGCAAGGUGGAGACGCGCUUCUGUCCCAACGACGGCUCCUCCGCCUGCGAGACCGACACUCUCGUGGAGGACCUGCUGAAGACGGGCCGGCCCGUGGUACGAGUGGCUGGCACCGGCUGGACGCCAUGGGAGACGUGGUCAGCCUGUUCGCGGGACUGUGCCACUGGAUUCCGAACCCGCAAGCGCACCUGUGCCACACCCGAGGGCAAGAGCGCCCCUACAGUGUGCAGCGGCUCUGCUGUGGAGUACCAGGAGUGCAACCCCCAGGCCUGCCCAGUUAGGGGCGCCUGGUCCUGCUGGUCCCCCUGGUCACAGUGCUCAGUCACUUGUGGUGGGGGACACUACCAGCGAACACGCAGCUGCAGCAGCCCUGCCCCUGCAGAUGGAGGCGACAUCUGUAUCGGCCUGCACACGGAGGAGGCUCUGUGCAACACGCAGCCCUGUGAGGGUGGCUGGAUGGCCUGGUCGGCCUGGGGCCCCUGCGAGGACACCGGACUGCAGUUGCGCAGCCGCACCUGUCAGGAGCCCAGCGGGAGCCCCGAACCCGGAUCAGGCCCAUGCCCGGGAAACGGCACCGAGAGCCGAGAGUGCCAGCUCAACGAGAUCCCAGUGAUCCUUCCUGCAUCCAGCUUUGACAAGAACCUGCACUGUGGGGCGUUCACACUCAUCCACCUGAUCGCCACCGGCGUCUCCUGCUUCCUGGGUGCUGGCCUGCUGAGCUUUUUGGUGUAUGUCUACUGCCAGAGGUUCCACAAGCCGUCACAGGAGUCGGCCGUCAUCCAUCCCACCACGCCCAACCACCUCAACUACAAGGGCAACACCACGCCAAAGAACGAGAAGUACACCCCCAUGGAGUUCAAGACGCUGAACAAGAACAACCUUCUCCCGGAUGAGAGGACCAACUACUUCCCCUCGCCGCUUCAGCAGACUAACGUUUAUACCACCACUUACUAUCCUGCCACCAUCAACAAGUACGACUACCGGCCGGACUCGUCCCCACCCCCCUGCAGGACCUACACGCACAGCUGAGGACCGUCCCCCAAACGGUGACGCGGCUGGCCUGGUCGGACUGCCAUCCGCUGGGGAACCGGGAAGCUCUGACCUUACGGCUCUCCAUCUCUUCCUCAUGUUAUAUUACGCUUAAUGGACGUGGCAGAGUUCAGAGGGCGCUUCUAAAGAGACGCAAGGACUAAAUAAGCACAGGGGACAGAGCCGGACUGCUUCGGACGUGCGAGAGGGGCAUCUGUCGCAUUGGUGUGUUUAAGUGUCCUUGAAGGCGAAACAUUUUGGGAUGUUUUUCCACAAACUUAUUAGCGUUCGGUCUGGUUUUCCUGCACCUGUAAGGGGUGGGGGAGGGGGGGGGGGAAUCUGGAACAGUGAAAAGAACCCGUCAGGGAAGGAUGACCCAAGCAUGUACUGGAGCCUCAGCUGCAGUGUGAGACUCCUAACAGACACAGAACAAAGUCACUGUAAUGAACUACGAGGACAAGGUGACCGAGCGCAUACCCUGAAGACUGUCUCACUGGAAACGGGACAAUUUCCCUGUCCUCUCGGAGCUUAUGCUAUAUGUACUGACCUGCUCUCGAAAACACUGUCAAAAAUAUCACUCCUUCAAAGAAAGCUUUCGAGGAAAUUAGCAAACGUGUCUGCUUAGCCUGUUUUAUUUGCUUCCUACAGUUACUAUUCUGGAAAUGUCUAUUCAAACAUUGGACCAAAAUGGGUUCCGCAGUGAAAUGAUGUCAAUGGAAUGCAUUGUGGCGUGUGAGGGUGUCACAGGUGUGUGCAUGAGAUGGACGCAGGGGUGACUGAACGCGGCAGCAUGUUGUCGCAGCCUGAGCCCUGCUGCCUCCUUCAGACGCUCUCCCGAUCGGUUUCUGCUGUAACUGCACGCCUGCUUAAAUCUUAAGGCCUGAAGGUAGGGUGCAGGAGUUGUCUUUAACCAGUGCCGUACGUGGGUGUGUUGCGGCCCGCUCUGGACUUGGGGCUGUAACUGAGACUGUAUCGGAGAUGAAAUCGUCUUUCCCAUCACCGCUUACUCGUCCUUUUCAGCUCCUUAUCGGCUGGAAGAUGAACGACCGAGUUUAAUUUGCAAAUGGAGCCCUGGCUGCAUCAACGUGUACAACCACCAUCGACCCCCCCCCCCCCGUCCAGGCUGGCCUCUUUUGCUGAAGCCUACUAGCUCUGGCUCUUUAGCUAUGCGAUCAGGAUUUCAAAGCCUGUCUGAACCUCCCUGUGUGUGCGUUCACUUUGCGAGGGGGAGGGGCUUCUAGGUCUUGUGUUUUCACAUGUUCAAGUAAACGCACCGGGCCAUGAAACCUGUAUAAAGCAUCCAGCCAGUGGAAGCUGGUGUCCAGGAAUCUGACAUUUCGUGAGCUGCCCUGAUGAUCAGGAUGUGAGGAACACUUUCAAAAUGACCUUCAUCAUGCCUGUUCCUGUUCAGCUAAAUGCGAUGGCCCCGUCUGUACAUAGGAGGCGCUAUAACCUGAUGUCUGUAUCAUGUAAAUGUAUAUUGUAUAGCUAACACUGUUUUUAAAAGCCUUAUAGUUGUAAAAAGUGCAGAAGGUGUGUAAAUGCCAACACAGAGAUUGGGGGAUGGAGCCUGCAUUAUCCCCUGCUGGGUGGCGUGACACCUGCUGGCCUCCUGCUUCUGGCUGGGCCUCGGCGCCCCCUGUGGCGGCAGGUAGUAAUCGCCCGCUUAAUUCCUCAGUUGCCUCAGCAUUUAAUAAUCUUACCAGGACUUUAUUGUAGUCGCCCAGUAGCACGGUUCCAUUUUUAAUCGGCUGUAGGAUCGUCCUCUACGGAAAAAAAUGGAAGAUUGGAAAUUGUACCUUCAAUUUGAUUUAGUGUUUAGAUUUUGUUUGCAUUUUCUUGAGGACCUCUGUAAGUAGCCCACCGUACACAUGAUCCACCUUAAAAAAGUAUUCAUGUUGAUUAUGAUUGGCCAGUCCCACCAUGUGAUCAUUUACAAUUAGACGCCCUCGACCUGUGAGUAUUUGUGUUGCCUGAGCUCCAUCCCGAAGGCUUGGUGCCCUUCUAUGCAACUGACCUGUUGGUACUGUUGGAUAUCGACUGUAAUCACUGCCUUUUAGACACUGUGAAUUUUUGGUACUCUCUAUUUUUGUAUAUUGUACAUUGUAAAAAAUAAUAAAGCAGCCCGCCGAUGCCGGCCGAGGCCGCGGCCGCC